AUGGACGUUAGUAUGAAAGAUUCAAACGAAUUAAAAGCUGAAGCUAAUGAACUUUUUAAGCAAGGCUUCUACCAGGAAGCAGUUGAUUUAUAUAACAAGUGUCUCUUAUGUGAUCCUGAUAACAAUGUAAAACUAGUUCUGCAAAGCAAUAAAGCUCAGUGUUUUUCUGAACUUGAAGAACUAUGUGACCCGAAAGCUCUUUAUCGUUGCACACAAGCGUACGAAGGAGUUGGAAAGCUAAAGGAGGCUUUAGAAACUGUGAGAAAGCUGAUUCAUGUUGACCCCAAGAAUAAAGCAGCUCAAAAUUUAGCCCGAAAGCUAGAAUCUGCAGUUUUGGCGUAUGUUACAGAAUCAGAAAGUUUGUCAGGAAAGGUGAACAAGAUGUUUGACAUAGUAAACGACAGCGCUAGCUCCGUUGAGAAAUUGGAACAGGCUAUUGUCAACCUCUCGGCUCUGAUUAAAGAAAAUCCAAGAGUUGCAAGCUCUUUAAUCUGGACGAAUCCAAGUUUUCCGAAGGUAUAUACCAUUUGCCAGGACAGUGAACAUAAAAUAACCACUGCUUGUCAUCGUUUGCUGUCCCAGCUAAUGGAAAAUGAGCGGGAUUGGGGUCUUACUGUUUUACGUGAACUUACACCACAAUAUUUUGUGAAUGGAAUAUAUUCACGCAAUUUUGAGCACUCUAUAGAACGAUGCCGAUUUCUUAAUUCGUUGUUAGAAUCACUUACUCAGUUAAAAGCGUAUCGGAAAGCUAAAGAAGUUGCUAAUAAUAAUAAAGAUGAGGAAAUUAAAAGGUUUCACCAUCUGCUUAUCCUAGAUACAAGAUUGACUCUACAGUUGAAAAACCUGUUGAGGAAAUUUUGUGCCAAAACUCGAGACUAUAUCUUGGAAAUAUUGGUUCGAUUCAUUCCCUCCGAUAAAGGUAUUGGAUGGUCUCAAAAAAUCCUAAAAAUUGAAGGUGUUAUGGACUGUCUAUUAGAAGUAGCAUGUGCUUGCGGGACUACUUCAUUAAAGAAUUGGCGAUCUCGUCGGGCUAGACAUAUUAAUAGUUCAACUCCUAACAUAGCAAAUGAAUCAUCCUGUCAAAAUCUACCAGAUGGAGUUCGUUUGGCAACUACAAGUGACACACGUAUGACUUUAGCUUGUCUGUUAGCCAAACUAUGGGAAGAUUUGACUUCAGACAAGAGUCGAGAUGAAUAUACUAAACUGUGCAAAGAUUUUAUCAUCGAUCUGUUCGCCGAUCAUUAUCUGGAAACUAAGGUUGAGGCUGCGUCUGUUAUUGGUACACUAUUUCUUGGACCUUAUGAAGUUGGUUCGUCAGUAAUUUCUCAAGAAGGUGUUUUCGAUGGACUACUUCUUCUGACACAGUGUGAAAACAAGCUCUACCAGACAGUUGCAUUGGAUACCAUUGUCAUCGCUACACAUAAAAAGCAACAAUGUUUAAGCAUCAUUUCAAAAGCUGUCCCCCUAUUACAAUCAUUGUAUAAAAGUGAAAAUGAUGGAACUAGAAUUCGAGCACUUGUAGCUUUGUGUAAACUUGGCGCGGCGGGCGGUACUGAUGCUAGUGUUAAAAGUCUUACAGAGGGUUCAAAUCUGCUCUUACUCAAAGCAUGUCGCCGUUUACUACUGGGUAUAGAGCAACCAGAUCCUGAUAUUGAUGAUGUAGCUGCAAACAAGUCAGCUGAUGUACAUUUUAAUUCCGAGGGAGAAGUUGUCCUCGGUGAUGAUGAUGACGACGAUAAUGUGAAUGAAAUCGAAGAGAAGACAGAGUGUAAAUCUGUAAAAACUAAUGGGAAUAAUGUGUCUGUCAGUCGGUCUGCUUUUCACUUCAAAGAUUUGGAGUCCGCUCAUUGGGCUGUCGAAGGCCUGGCCUAUUUAACAAUGAAUGCAGAUGUGAAAGAAGAAAUUACUAAGGACUGUGAAUUCCUGACAGCUUUACUACUGUUUGCUCAAUACUGUCAAAAGGAUUCAUCAUUUGCAUUGUGCAGUGUUCUAGCUCAUCUGACAAAUAGUUUUGAGCGUCAGCAAAUUGAACCAGAGUUGCUUGAAUUAGCCAAAUUUUCUAAACAGCAUAUUCCAGAAGAUCAUCUGUAUGAUUCAGAGGAAUAUAUUCAAAAACGUCGUUUGAUAUUGACUAAAAUGGGUUUACCAUCGGCGUUAUUUCAGUUAACCAUGCGUAUAGCUACUGCUUUGGUCGGAUCAAAUACCGGUUUGUCUGAAUUAAUUUCACGUAUUUAUUUGGCCUGUUCUGAAUUAGUUGACUGUCGUGGAAAACUUGUUGAAAGUGGUGGUGGAAAAGCUCUCCUAAAGUUGGCUCUCAAUUACAACACAGAUAUUGGGAAAACUUUAGCCUCUCAAGCUCUUGCACGUUUAACCAUCACUGCUGAUCCACGCGUCACUUUUCCUGGUCAAAGAUCGUUAGAACUUGUCCGGCCGUUACUUCAAUUACUUCACUUAGAUUGUAGUGCAUUACAAAACUUUGAAGGUUUACUGGCUUUGACAAAUUUAGCCUCAUUGAGUGAAACACAUCGUCAUCGUAUAAUGGCGGAACGGGGUUUACCUCUAAUUGAUCAUUGUCUUUUCGAAGAACAUCCUCUGAUAAGAAGAGCUGCGGCAGAAUGUAUGGCGAAUUUAGCACAAUCACAUGGUUUUGUCGUAUCGUCCGGUGGAAGCAUACCACUAGAUGAUACAGAUUUAGCUAAAAAGUUAUCACGUCUCACAUGUUCAACAGAGCGUGUAAAACUGUUAGUAUUAUACUGUGGUGAAUUGGAGGACUUGUUACUUGUACGCGCAGCUGCCGGUGCUUUAGCCAGUAUGUCAUACGAUCCAGGUAUUAUACGGAAAAUCACUAGUGCAUCCUCGUGGUUUGAGAUUUUUCAGACACUAGCUGGACACAUUUCGUCUGCAUUGCAACACCGAGCAGCUCAUAUACUACAAAACUUUGUUCUGCACGGAGAGCGAUCCCUUUCUGAAUAUAUUUGUCAGUCAAAUAUGCUUGAAGUUCUUUUAUCCUUGAGUCAACUACCAGAUGUCAACGCAACAGAUCCAGUGUCAUCAGAUAUUAAAUCUUUGUAUCCAGGAUGCAGUGAUGAACAAAUUCAAGCUUAUGAGCAGAAAGAUCGUAAAGCCACACGAGAGUGUGCUAACAAGGCUUUAGAACGUCUAAAAGAAUAUGGUUUAGUGCAGAAGGUUCAGAACGUGUCUAGGUAG